UUGCAAUAUCAGGCUACCUAUAUUGGUGAUGCAGUGAGCACGAUAUGCAAAGUUGUUGUGAGCGAUCUAUUCACCGUCCCUUCUCGUGCCAUUGAAGAGAUUCUUGUUCGCUUAGAGCCGAACCGGCUGGCUAUUGAUGCCAGUUUUAAACUAACAGCGAAUCAUGUGGCCAUCUUCUAUCGUGAUUUCAGAGAAGUCAUAGAACCUCUGAGGGAGUUUGUACGCAACAGUCCCAGUCCUACAGAUCCACUUUCCCAAUAUACAAAUCCAUCGGAUUCAACGAUAGGCUCUCAGGACAUUGUGGAGUUGGAUGAAACAGACCCUGUUCUGCUCGAUCGCCAUUUCCUUAUAAAGGGAAGCCAGUUGCUGAAGCUUUUCCGUUUUUGCCCAUCUUGCGGCUCCAAAAUAUCAGAGUCGAAAAGAUGUGUGCGUCUGAGGGCUGUUGGAACAGCUCCUGUCGUGGAUUACAUCUGCACGACUUGUUACCCUUUCGAAAAACGCUUCGAAGGACAGGAAAGGGCAGUUCCACAUCCCAAAGAGAAGUCGUUCAGAGGGAAUGUCCAGGCUGUUGUUGCUGCCAUAACAACGGGAACCAGAUAUGUGGAACUGCAACGGUGGGCUGAAGAAGCUGAUAUUGCUCUUUUUUCAAAGAGUUUCUUCUACAAAAUUUUUCGGUGCAUUGAACGAGAAUACAUGUGGCACCAGCAGACUGUCUUAUCGAUAAUUAGGGAAGAGUACAGGGUAAAUCCGUGA